AUGUGCUGCUCAAGUAAACCCAGAGCCACACUGACAGCACAAAGGUUAAUCAUACCAGCAGGGGGCAGUGUGACACUGAGCUGCUCUGUGGAGGGCUCUGCUGGCUGGAAGUUUGACUGGUUCAGACAUGAUUCAGAGUUUUCUGGUGCUCAGAAAAUAGGAGCUGGAACAUCAGAGCACACUAUCAGUAUUUCAGAAGGAGGUAUCUAUUACUGCAGAGGAGGGAGAGGAGAUCCAGUUUUCUCCACAGAGGACAGUGCUCCAGUUACAAUUCAGAAACGAGUAACAGUUUUGGCUGCUGUGAAACUGCAGCACAGCUGGUCUCAGAUAUUCACUGGUGAGACAAUCACUCUCAGAUGUGAGAUUCAGGGAGGUGAAGGAAAGGUGUGGAAAUAUGAAUGGACAGCACCCAACACAAACAGCCCUCCAACAUCCAGUGAAUACAGGAUCAGCAGAGUUUCAGUGUCCCACAGUGGAGACUACAGAUGUCGGGGUAGCAGUGACUAUCUCUUAGCAGGACGGAGUGAUGCCUUCAGACUGACAGUUUCAUCAAGUAAACCCAGAGCCUCACUGACAGCACACAGUUCAAUCAUACCAGCAGGGGGCAGUGUGACACUGAGCUGCUCUGUGGAGGGCUCUGCUGGCUGGAAGUUUGACUGGUUCAGACGUGAUUCAGUCUCUUCUAAAGCUCAGCUCAUGAGAGGAAAUGAAGCAAACAGAGUUAUUAGUGUCUCACAAGGAGGUCUGUACCACUGCAGAGGAGGGAGAGGAGAUCCAGUUUUCUACACAGAGGACAGCAGUGAUGUCACAGUUGUAGAAACUUGUGAGUUUUAA